AUGAAGAAGAGUAUUUGUCAAUCAAAAAUUGAUUCAAAAAAACAAGAAGUUCAUUUAGAAAUGGUUUUAUUUUCAAUAUUAAAUGAAUUAAAUUAUAAUUUAGAAUUAGAAAAGUUUUAUAAAAAGAGUAAAUAUGAAACUCAAUUAGUUAAAGUUCAUGAUAUUUAUAUUGAAGAAAAAGGAAGAAGAAUUAACACAACAUUUAAGAAAUAUGUUAUUGAUGGUUGUAAAGAAGGAAAUGAAAAUUAUUAUAAAAGAAAUUAUGAUGCAUUAACAAUGAAUUGGAUGAUUGAAGAAUGUUUAAAACAUAAAGUACAUUUUGAAUUUAGAGGAACAAGAAGUGCUAAAUAUACAGUUGUUAUGAAGAAAAUUAAAUCUAUACAAUGGAAUGGUGUUUUAAUAGAAUCAAGUUUAAUUGAUCUUUUAGGAAUUCAAUUAUUGGAUUCUUUAAAGAAUUUAUUAAGUGGAAAUAAUCGUCAAAGUGAAUCUUCACUUAUUUUAUUACCAUCACAUUCUUUUUCUUUUUUAUCAUCUCUUCGUUCUAUGGGAUUUUUCUUUCAACAUCCUACUUGUAAUGAUUUAAAUCAUUGUCAUUGUACAAAAGUAAUAAAUAAUGAAUGUGAACAUGGUCUUGAAAAUGGUCAAUGUGAUAUUUGUUCUUUUCAAUCAAAUAACUCCUCUGAAUUAACAUCAGCUUCAUCAGUAGAUUCUUCUCUUAGUGUAUUUCUUCCUGUUCAUUCUUCUUAUUAUCACAUAUUAUAA